GUCGGUUUGGAUCGAUCACUUUUACUAAAAAAUUUAUGAUUUCUUUGAAAUAUAAUUAUAGAAAAUUAAAGAAUUUAAGAAAAUGUAAAAGCAAAUAGUCAAAUUAAACCCUCAAAAGUCCUCUUCAAUCAUUAUUUCCGCUCUUCUCAGAAUUUUUCACCCUAUCGACACAGCUUUCGCCGCUGGCUCUACUCCGCACGCCUGCCGCCGUGUUCCGCCGAUCCUCCGAUUUCAUCUACGGUGAUCCAAUUAACCGUCUCUCUCUUCUCCAAACCCACCUUCAACCUCUCGCGCAAAAACCCUAGAACCACCCUCUCGGCCGUGACCUCCGCAUGUCCAACACCCUUGAAUAAACCCCCUCUUCUGACUCGACUAAAUCAAUCACAACACUUACGAUUCUAGCCACAAUCAUAACCAAAUACCUAAUUAAGAAACUCUCCGUCGUUAUUGUAGACUCAACCCCACAGAUCAACCCUUCUAUCAGAAUCUCCGGUCAGAAGUUCUUCGCAUCGAUCUGUGACUGUCCCGCCAGUUGCAUGAACACGCACGCCGUUGACAGUUGUAGCGGCAGGGUAUCAAAGUAGCUCGAUAUCUACAAUAAAGAAGGAUAUCAGAAGGAUUUUCAGUCACAUGCUCAAGACCUGCAAGGAGUUUCUGGCCUGAACAUAAGGAUAUUGUGUCAAAACAACAUCACCUCUCUUGAAGCGGCCCUGUGGCGCAGUUUUGAUUCGAAGCUGCCAAAGGACAUGAGAUAGGAGCUUCAAGUCUCUUAGAUAGAGAAUGAGAAGAAGUGCAUCAAUUUCUUUUUAUUUGACAAAGCUCUAGGAUGCUUUAAGAUAAAUUAAUGUGAGGUGAAUCCCGGUGUUUUGAUGAAUCCGGUUUGAUUUAAGUUUGUGGGGAUCCGCGUUCUUUUAAAUGGGUUUCUGGGUCGGAUUUUUCUGUAUGGACAUAGUCCGAGUCAUGGAAGGCGAGUUAACUCAGUGAACUCGCCAUUUUUGUCCCUAAAUAUAUCUGUUGCCAAACAUUAUCUACCUGUAAUUGUAGUGGCAAUUUUCGUAAUAACAUUUAUUUUUUCGAUUGUUUCAAAAAUGUACUUCUCAAAUAAUAUUAUAGAGAUGUAUUGGAUCCAAUGAAAGAGAUAAUUUGUAUUGCCUCUGUACGGAUACAUUUAUACAACAAUUGGAUGAAUGAUAAAUGGAAAGAACGAUAUAUGCAUUUAGAGUUAUAUGAUGAUUGCUUGAAUCACGGCAAUCAUAUAUUCUCAAGUAUCUCUAAUACCAUGUGGGAACGAAGGAUCGAAGAGGGCUCAAUUCCUGUUGCGGACAGGGUCUACUGUCCGAAUCCACUGUGCUCUGCUCUAAUGUCGAGAACCGAGCUCUCUGGAUCAAAUGAAUUAGAAAGCUGGAGUAGUUAGGAGAUGUUGCUUUAGAUGCGGUGAACCUUUCUGCAUCGAUUGCAAAGUUUCGUGGCAUAGUAACUUUUUGUGCAGCUCUUACAAGUUGUUGCAGCCAAAUCCUACAAAAAGAACGACGAAAAACUAAAAGCUAUAGCAAAUAAAAAAGUGUGGUAUCAAUGUGGAGAGUGUCAACACAUGAUCGGACGUUCCCAAGAAAGCAGACGUGUAAUUUGCAAGUAUGUAUCAUCUCUAGACUCUGAGGAUGAAAGAGAAGCAAGUGAAGGAUGGUGUAAGCAGAGUCGAGAAGUGGUUACGUGAGAAUGGAGUUCGAUAUCUGAGUGAAGCGGAAGGUAAGAAGAUAGCUAAGAGUAGAGUGUUAGGUACAUUCAUAUAUGUGCUCCAUAGUCAAGAACAGAGCAAGAGAAAGUUUAGAAUAAUGGAAGAAGAAGAAGCCAUUUCAAAUCUUAACCCCGAAGCCAAAAUGCCGAAAGUGUGA